AAUGAAUAUUGAUUAGAACAUUCAUUCGUUAAUUCAUGAAAUUAAAAAAAUUUGAGGGUUUAUUAAACGAAAUAGAAUUAUUAAAAAAGCCCAAAUUAUAUUUAGAACAAUAUAAUACUAGUUCUCAUAUAGUCGCACAGAUUAUCAAUACAAUACAUACAAGGUUUGACAAUUUUGAUAAUAAACUAAUAGGCGAUUUCGGUACCGGAUCUGGUAUAUUUUUGAUUGCGGCAUCAUUAAUUGCCAAUUGUAAAUGCGUAGGGUUCGAUAUCGACGAAGAUGCGUUGCAGGUUGCAAGUGAUAACAUUUCUGAAUUCAAUAUGAACGAUAAAAUUGAUUUAAUCAAAGCUGAUGUCACCAUGCUAGACGCUACCUUGAAUAUUCAACGCAAACCUUUUGAUAUUAUAGUAAUGAAUCCCCCAUUUGGCACUAAAAAUAACAAAGGUUUAGAUAUGAAAUUCUUAUCCGUGGCAUGUAAAUUAGCGUCUCGAGUGUAUUCUUUGCACAAAACAUCCACUAGAGAGCACAUCAUAAAAUUCGCUCAACAAAAUGGUUUAAAAAUUAAAAUUUUAAGUCAAAUACAAUUCGAUAUUCCUUCAUCUUAUGAAUUUCAUCGCCAAGAUAGUGUAGAUAUAGAAGUCGACUUUAUUCGCGUUUGGAAUAGGAAUCAAUGAUUUUUUUGUCAUGACAAUAUAUACCUUUAUUCACAUAUUUAUAUAUUUCUGCAUGAUUUCUAACUACACUUUUGGUUUAAAUACAGUUUCUUCCAGGUAUUAUUCGUAAGGCUUCGCUAUUUUUCAUUAAAAAAACCUCAAAUAUUAAUUUUAAUGUUAUUUACAUAAUGAAAUAUAGUUCUAACUCCUUUUGACCAAUUGGUUUUUAAUUAUAGGGUAAAAAAACAAAUUAAAAUAGCAAAAAUAAAAAAAUUAAUCAAAAUAAAGACAUAAUUAUGAAAUAUUAGGGAGAAAUCAGGAUUUAUUGUAAAAUAAUAAAUUACAAACUUACUAUUUCGAAUGUUUUACUUUAUUACUUAUCUUUGGCCUCAUUUAUAGUAGAUUAAUAAACUAUGAAUUUAUUUUAUAAAUUUU